AUGGCUAUCUUCAACAUCCUCCUAGCCCUCCUCGGCUUCCUUCCUGCUGCCUUUGCGGCAUUCGGGUUGACGGAGAACAGUGAUAGCUUCAUUGUCGAUGCAGGCUCUUCCAAUCCCCUGAUCGCGACCAUUCGCAAGUCCGACUGUGACAUCCGCUCCAUUCUCUACUAUGGCAACCAGCUGCAGAACCCAGAUUCGCAAGGCACACAUAUCGGCUCUGGAUUGGGGAGUGCUACGGUUACGGCUCAGACGAUCAGUAACAAGUACAUCAAGAUCACCUGUGAAACCUCAACUCUGACCCAUUACAUCGUCGUGGUCUCCGGUCAAUCGAACCUGUACAUGGCAACAUACAUCACCGCCGAACCAUCGAUCGGGGAGCUUCGCUACAUUGCCCGUCUCGACAGCUCGAAACUACCGGAUGAGUACCCCUUUGGCGAUGUCUCUACCACCAAGCCAAGCACUUCCACCGUCGAAGGAUCCGACGUCUUUGUCGUCAACGGCCAGACUCGAAGCAAGUUCUAUUCAUCCCAGCGUUUUAUCGAUGACGAUGUCCACUGUGUCGGCAGCGGAUCACUCCACGCGUGCUUUGUCAAGCCACAGUACGAAUCUUCCUCCGGUGGACCUUUCUUCCGAGAUAUCAACAGCAACAAUGGUGGAGUGUAUACCUCUCUCACCUUCUACAUGAACAGCGGACAUGUACAGACCGAGAAGUACCGCAUGGGGCUCCAUGGCCCAUAUGCUCUCACGUUCACUCGCAGCGGCAUCCCAAGGCUGAGAGACUUUGAUUUCUCCUUCUUCGCCGAUCUCAACAUCAAAGGCUACGUUCCCACUUCCGGCCGUGGCUACGUAUCCGGUACAGCAACAGGAACCGCAAGCGGCCUCGACAGAAUAGUACAUUGGUACAACGACGCGGCCCAAUAUUGGGCCGACGGCACCAGCGGAAGAUUUACCUCUCCGGCCAUGAAGCCCGGCACGUAUACCAUGAAACUCUACCAAAACGAACUCGAAGUCGCCUCGCAGAGCGUGCAAGUCUCUGCCGGCUCCACCACCACCAGCAACAUCGCCAGCGCCCUCAAAGAACCUUCUUCUCGCCUCUGGACCAUCGGUGUCUGCGAUGGCCAACCCACGGGUUUCCGCAACGCCGACAAGCAACUCCGCAUGCAUCCCUCCGACUCUCGCAUGUCUUCAUGGGGACCUCUGACGUACACCGUCGGCAGCUCCUCUCUCACAGACAUGCCCAUGGCAAUUUUCCAGAGCGUCAAUAGCCCGCAAACUAUCUCUUUCACUCUCACUUCGAGUCAACUCGGAGCUGCGACUCUUCGUAUUCGAACUACUCUUGCGUUUGCUUCUGGCCGCCCUUCUGUGGUUGUCAAUAGCUGGAGUGGCAGAGUCCCUGCUGCUCCGACGAGAAUCGAUAGUCGUGGUGUGACGCGUGGUGCGUAUCGGGGUUAUGGAGAGGCGUAUGAAUUUGCGAUCCCGGCGGGUACGUUGAAACUAGACGAGGGUCUUACUUCGGGAUAG